GUGGGGGCGGAGUGGGAAUCUGGCUUUGGCAUCCUAAUGGGGCAGGAACAGUUAGACUGGGGACCUGGGCUCAGAGACGCCCAGAAAUCCCUUUCUUUGCACCUUGCCCCCUGUCCUUAACCCUCAGCAACACCCUCCCCACACACACAUUCCACAUCCUCAGCUAGAAGUGCUAGAUGAAAUUAGAAGGUCCUGGUUCGAGUCUCAGCUCCACCACUUAGCAGCUGGCGAGUCCUUUGACCACUCUGAGUCACAGUUUCCUCACCUGCAAAAUGUGGUUCAUUGUUUCUGUCCCCGAGGGCGGCUGUGAGAACAUACGGGAACUGCUGAUGCUCGUGCUCAGCACGGGGUGGGAGCACUCUGGGCAUUGGCUCCCACAUUUACUCCUGACCAGUGGGGGACAAAGGGGAGCGAGGAUAAAGGAGAGGGACCGGGUGGGAGAGAAGGUAGGUGGGCUCUCUGGAUGGGAGAACCUGGAAUGCACUGGAUGUUUUAUCCCACCGAGCCAGGAAAGGGGCUAGAAGAGGACAGAGGGAGAGGGGGCUGGCAGGCCGUUCAUUUCAUUCCUCCACCCAUUCAGUCAUUGAUCCAUUCAGUCAUUCAACACAUGUUGAUGAGCGCUGACCAUUCACCAGGUACUGCCUCGGUGCUGAGGUUAUGGAGGCGAACAGGGACACAGCUUCUGGGGUCUGAAGUGCAGCUCUUCCUUCUUCCUGUGGACCACCAAGGCGAAACUGGGAGUCUGGGAACCAGGUUCUGAAAAUGGACACCAGAGUUCAGAUAGCUUUGAUUUUGUUUUUGAGUUGCUGUUCGGUCAACUGACUCAUGGCAACCCCAUGUGUGUCCGUGUAGAACUGCUCCAUAGGGUUUUCUUUUUUUCAGAUUUUACUGUGCUUUAUCCAACUCUUCAGACAGGACUGGACAACGGGAUAGAAAAUGAUGCUGGUGAAGAAUGAGCUUCUUGGAUCAAGUAGACACUUGAGACUAUGUUGGGAUCUCCUAUCUGGAGGGGAGGUGAGAGGGCAGAGGGGGUUAGAAGCUGGUGGAAUGGACACGAAAAGAGAGAGUGGAGGGAAGGAGCAGAGUGUCUCAUUAGGGGGAGAGGAAUUAGGAGUAUAUAGUAAGGCAUAUAUAGGUUUUUGUAUGACAGACUGACUUGAUUUGUAAACUUUCACUUCAAGCACAAUAAAAAUUAAAAAAAAAUUUUCUUGUGCUUUAGGUAAAAGUUUACAGCUCAAGUUAAUUUCUCAUACAAAAAUUUAGAUACGUAUUGUUUUGUGACAUUAGUUGCAAUCCCCACAAUGUGACAGCAUGCUCCCCCUUUCCAGCCUGGGUUCCCUGUGUCCAUUCUUCCAGUUCCUGUCCCUUCCUGUCUUCUUGUCUUGCUUUUGGACAGGAGUUGCCCAUUUGGUCUCGCAUAUUUGAUUGAACUACGAAGCACAUUCCUCAGUUGUGUUAUUUUUUGUUUUAUCAGCCUGUCUAGUCUUUGUCUGAAUAGAUUAGACUUUGUGCUUCAGGAAUGGUGUCAGUUCUGGGUUAGCAGAGUGUCUGGGAGCCAUAGUCUCCGGGGUUCUCCAGUCUCUGUCAGACCAAAAAGCCUGGUCUUUGUGAAUUUGAAUUCUGCUCUGUAUUUUCUCCCAUUAUGUCUGGGACUCUGCUGUGAUCCCCAUCAGAGCGAUUGUUGGUGGUAGCCAGGCACCAUCUACUUUUGGGCUCAGGUUGGUGGAGGCUGUGAUGUGGUCCUUUUGUCCUGUGGGCUAAUAUUUUCCUUGUGUCUUUGGUUUUCUUCAUUCUCCUUUGCUCUGGAUGGGAUGGGACCGAGAGGUGUAUCUUAGACGGCUACUUCAUAGGGUAUUCGAUGGCUGAUCUUUUGGAAGCAGAUCACUAGGCUGUUCUUCUGAGGCACCGCUGGGUGGAUUCAAACCUCCAGCCUUUUGGUUAGCAGCUGAGCACAUUAACGAUUUGUAUCAUCCAGGGACUCCUUGAUCUUAUUACCCUGCUAAAAAACUCAGUCGCUCCCUGUUGCUCACUAGAAAGAGCUCAGACUCCAGGAUGGCAUUCAAGGCCCUCAGCAGGGUAGCCCUGACUUCUCUCCAGCUCUCUUCGCCUCCCCACCUCCAGGGGAUAGAACCCAUCCAUGUGAACCAAAUACCUCUAAGGUUCCUGGCUGCUGGGCCUGUGUGCACCCAAGUCUUUGUGUGGGUGGCUCACCCCAUUCCCAACUGGGAAAUUCACCUGGCUCUCUGGGAUCCUGCCCGAAUGCCAUCUGCUCUGGAAACCUUCCCUUGGGACUUCCAGCAGCUCCACGUCCCCAGCACCUGGUUACACCCUUCCUAGUAACGGGCACCUGCCUCCUCACAUGAUGACCUCUCCUUGUCUGAGAGUUCCAGGAGGGCGGGCUCUGGGUCCCACUGGGCCUUGUGACUAAGGUGUGCUACCAUUCACCUGGUGCCAAUUAGGUUGUUGAAUGAGUGCUGAGUGAAUGAGCGGAUUCCUUCCUGUCUGGCCUCAAAGCCGGUUGGAAGGAGACAGCGGAGCACACAGAGGAGGCCUCAUGGUGCAGUGGGAGAGUAUUGUUGUUGUUGGGUGUCGUCAAGCUGAUUUCAACUCAUGGUGACCCCAUGUGACAGAGUGGAGCUGUCCCAUGGGGUUUCCUAGGCUCUAAUCUAUAGAACCAGAUUGCCAGGUCUUUCUCUCUUAGAGCUGCUGGCUGGGUUUGAACUGCCAACCUUUCGGUUAGCAGCCUAGUGCUUGACAACUGUGCCACCAGGGCUCCUUUGGGAACAGCAUGGACAACCUUUUUUCAUAGUAGCUCUGUCGCUUGCCAGUGUGUAACCUCAGAUGGGCCACUUCUGCUCUGCAUCCCAGUUUCUUUAUUGGCUCAGGAGGAAAAACAGACAUGCCUCCCUGGCUGUUGUAAGGAUUAGAAAUAGGUCAAGCACUUGCACAUGGUAGGUGGUCAGCAGACACAGCUAUCAUUGCAGCUAACAUAUUAAAGUCAAAAAGAUGCCUGUUGUCAGGUGCUGUUGAGUUAGUCCUGACUCAGAGCAACCCUGUGAAUGACAGAAUGAAACACUGCCGGGGUCUGUGCCAUUCUCGCAAUCAUUGUUAUGCCUGAGCCCAUUCUUGCAGCCACUGUGUCAGUCCAUCUUGUUGAGGGUCAUCCUCUUUUUGACUGACCUUCUACCAACCAUGAUGUCCUUCUCUAGGGACUGAUCCUUCCCGAUAACAUGUCUGAAGUAUGUGAGACCUAGUCUUGCUAUCCUUGCUUCUAAGGCGCAUUCGGGCUGUACUUCUUCCAAGACAGAUUUGUUUGUUCUUUUGGCGGUCCAUGGUGUGCUUAUUGUCCAUCAACUGAUGAAUGGAAAAACAAAAUGUAGUAUACCAUCUAGUGGAAUAUUAUUCAUCAAUAAAAAUAAAUGAAGUUCUGAUACAUGCUACACCACGGAUGGACCUCAAAUACAUGCUGAGUAAAAGAAGCCACUUGCAAAUGACCAUGUAUUGAAUGAUUCCAUUUAUAUGAAAUGCACAGAAUCGGCAAACCCCUGGAGAUAAGAAGUAGAUUAGCGGUUGCCUAGGGCUAGGGCAGGGAGGAGGAAACGGAAUGACUGCUAAUGGGUUUCUUUUGUGAGUGACGGAUAUUUUCUAAAAUUGAUAGUGGUAAUGGUUGCAGAAAUUUGUGAAUCUACACUUUAAAUAGGUGAAUUGUAUGGUAUUUGAAUUACAUCUGAAUAAACUUGCUGUUAAGAAGCCCAAUGGUUAAGUGCUUGGCUGCUAAAAGAAAAGUGAGUGGUUUGAACCCACCAGUGGCUCCGAAGGAGAAAAGACCUGGCAAUCUGCUUCCGUAAAUUUACAACCUUGGAAACCCUCUGGGGCAGUUAUACUCCGUCCUAUAGGGUCACUAUGAGUCGGAAUUGACUCGAUGGUAUACAACAACAAACUUAUUAUUUAAGAAAACAGGAUGCCUUGAUUUACCAGGAGUGCAGGGAACACUUACAUGUGGGGAGAGUCCAAGAUGAUAUUUGGGGAAGAGGGGCAAGAGGGGAGCUCUUGAGCAGCCCUCAGUUCUGUCCCGAGAGCCCCUGACUUGCAAUGUCUUCCUCAAAUGGGACUAACUGCUCUUUCAAGUGAGGAAGCCAGCAACCCAGGGGUUUCACAAGUUUUUAUUUCACUCAGCAGGAGGCUACCAGCGCAGCCCUUCUCUCCAGCUACCAGCCUCAGCAGAGACACACCUGAGGCCAAUCAGCCCCCACUGCCCUCACGGUGCCAGGCUAGGCCUUCCCUGGGGCAGAGGACAUGUCCACUAGGGGGAGAGCGCCUGCCUUUAAUCAACACCCAGCAGCACAGAUAAAGGCAGUGGUGGUUCACUGGUAGAAUUCUAGAGGUUUGUGUGUUGCUCUGAUGCUGAACGGGUUUCAGCAGAGAUUCUAGACUAAAAUGGACUAGGAAGAAAGGCCUGAUAAUUUACUUCCAAGAAUCAGCCAGUGCAACCCCUAAGGAUCACACCAGUCUGAUUGUAACCCAUCAAGAGGAAGGCACAGGACCAGACAGCAUUUUGUUCCAUUGUGCAUGAGGUUGCCAUCAGUUGGGGGCUGUCUUGGUUAUCUAGUGCUGCGAUAACAGAAAUACCACAAUUGGGUGGCUUUAACAAAAAGAAGUUUAUUCUCUCAGUUUAGGAGGCUAGAAGUCCAAAUUCAUGGUGCCAGCUCCAGGGGAAGGCUUUCUCUUCUAGCUCUGGUCCUUGUCAUCAAUUUUCACCUGUUCUAGAAGCUUCUCAGCACAGGAACACCAGGUCCAAAGGAUGCGCUCUGCUCCCAGCUUUUAUUUUUUGGUGGUAGGAGGUUGCCCUGUCUCUCUGCUUGGUUCUUUCUUUUAUAUCUCAAAAGAUACUGACUCAAGAUACAACCUAAUCUUGUAGAGUGGGUCCUGCCUCAUUAACAUAACUGCCUCUAAUCCUGCCUCAUUAACAUCACAGAGGUAGGAUGUACAACACAUAGGAAAAUCACAUCAGAUGACAAAAUGGUGGAUAAUCACACAACACUGGGAAUCAUGGCCUGGCCAAGUUGACACACAUUUUUGGGGGACAUAAUUCCAUCCGUGACAGAGGCCGACUGACAGCAGCUGACAACAACAGUGCAGAUUAGGAAUGUCCUGUGAUUAUAUCUUUUAAUCCUACUUAACCCAGAGACAGAGGAAACACUGAUGGUGUAGUGGUUAAGAGCUACGGCUGGUAACCAAAAGGUCAGCAGUUUGAAUCCACCAAGCGUUUCUGGGAAACCCUAUGGGGCAGUUCUACUCUGUCCUGUGGGGUCAUUAUGAGUGGUAAUUGUCUCGAUGGCAAUGGUUUUUUUUUUUUUUUUAACCCGGGGAAGUGGGGAUGAUCAGCCUUGUUUUACUGAUGAGGAGGGUUAGGUUCCAGUGGCAAGUUACGUCUAAACUCACCCAGCUAGCACACUGUGGAGGUGAUGUUCAAACCCAGGCCUGUCUGACUCCAAAAGUCAUGUUCAUUUAAGCCACCACCUUUACUCUACAGCCUUUCAUAUAAUGCAAGAAACAUCUGGUUGUUGGAAAACAGAUUGGAAGACAAAGGCCUGUGUGUAAAAGACACGUCACUGGUAAUUGCACAGGAGAACUGUGGUUAGCAUGUUCAUCUGCCUCUCCCAGUCAUUUGACCGUAUGUGUGUGAUCGUUAAAAUUAUAAGCUUUUUAUAAUGUCAUCAAAUAUUCUUUAAAAAUGGGAUUUUAAGCUGCUGCUUACAACCCUAUCUUACAGCUAUGCCACACCUUAUUUAUCCCCCAAAUACUCCAUCCUUGGGUAUCCCCUUCACACACACACACACGCACAUAUACACACACAUCCAUGCAUGUGUACACACAAAUACAUGUGCACACUCUCAUACACCCAUGACACAAGCACACACAUACAUGCACACAGACACGAGCACACAAACAUCACAUACAUUCAGGCAUGCACACACAAACACAUGCAUAUGUGCACACACAUACACAUGCAUACACGUACACACAUGCAAGCAUACAUACACAUACAGAUGUGUACACGCUCACACACAUGCACACAUAUGCACACUCAUACGCACACACAUGCAUGCACACAUUGGUCUGUAGUGCCCUCACUCCCUUCCUGUUCCUUCUGCCUGUGGGGGCGAUGCCAGACAAGAGUGAACCUUAAGUGCAGCCUCAGUAGCAGAUCAGAGAGUGUAAGUAUAAAGCUUAGAUCUCAGGGGGGUAGAAUGUUGCCAAAAGGACUUGUCACGAAAGAGCCACCUUGGGAGUUUCCAGGGAAUGAUGUCACCUCCACUGUCCAUCGUCCAUUAAUCUAGACAUUAACUGCCCUUUAGCCAAAGGUGCUGGCUACCAGCUUGCAAGGCAUUGACCACCCUCCUCCCCAAAUUCAAGGCUUGGGGCUGUGGCCCCUCCGGUAAAGUUGGGGGAUGAUUCCCAUAUGUGCAGGUGUGACUCUGGGGUCUACAGGCAUCAGGAUCUUCCCACCCUUCUUCAAUGAGCAUUUCACAGAUGGGACAUGUCUGACCACCCUUGAGCACACUGCGGUUUGUGUCACUGCCCACAGUGGGGCUGACACACAGCCUGGGGACUAAACUCAGUGCCACCCCAUGCAUUCUUGCCAGCACCUACAGCAGGGUUUUGUUUUGUUUUUAAUUUUUUUGUGUUUUAGGUGAAAGUGUACAGCCCAUGCUAGUUUUUCAUCCCAAAAUUUUAUGCACAAAUUGUUGCGUGACAUUAGUUGCUAUCCCUGCAAUGUGUCAGCAUUCACCUCCUUUCCCUUCCACCCUAGGUUCUUCGUGUCCAUUCGUCUAGUUUUUCUGUCCCUUCUUGCCUUCUAGUCUUUGCUUUUGGGCAAGGAGUUACCCAUUUGGUCUUGUAUACUCGAUUGAACUAAGAAGUACUUUCCUCACAUGUAUUAUUGUUUGUUUUAUAGGCCUGUCUAAUCUUUGGCUGAAAGGUAGACUUCAGGAGUGGCUUCAGUUGUGAGUUAGCAGUGUGGUGUUAGGGGGCCAGAGUUGGGGGUUUACAGGGGUUUUUAUUAAAAAAAAAAAAUUAAACCCAAACAUCUGUUCAUAGGCCUAUUGGUGCUUUGUUUCCUGUGCCCAGUAUGACCUCCCAGGCCUGAAAGUAGACUAGACUGUGGGGUAUGGGAAAGGCUUUAGGUUUUGGAGGCAAUGGCCAGCUGUGUGACCUUGAAGAUGCCAUCAGCCAUGCUGAGCCUCAGUUUCCUCAACAGUAAUGGAGAUAAAUAAGUACCUCAGGGGCCUGUUGGGAGGCUAGAGAGAACAUUAGGGGAUAAAAGGCAAAGGCAGUUUGGGCUCUGACAUUGGACUGUCCAACAUUCAGCUCUGUUGCACAGGAGCGAUCAGUAUAUAUUUGGUACUUGGGCCAUGGGGUAGAUGAGAUAACUCAUGGAGAGUGUGUAGAGUUAGGGGAGAAGGACACCAAGAAAUCAGGUGACCGCCAAUAUUUAACUCUCCAGAAGAGGAAGAGGAACCCAUGAGCAGAAACUGAAAUGAAAUAGCCAGAAAUGUUGUUAAGAAAGGAGACAAUUUUCAAGAAGGAGGAAGUGAAGCAGUAGCACGUACUACAGAGCUCAAGUAGGAUAAGAACUGAAUAGUGUCCGUUGGAUUUGGCAGUUGGUUGGUCAGUGGUGAUCUUGGCAAGAGCAGUUUUAGUGGAGCAAUGGAGGGGGUAGAAACCAGGUUAAUAUGUGUGAGGAGUAAAAAGAGGUUGAGGAACUGGCCAAUAAGUCUAUACUACUCAUUGGAGGAGCUUGGCUUUGAGGUGAAGCAGAGAAGCCACCUCGUUCAUUGGCUUAACAUCUAGGAAAGACCGAACCACCCACAUUUUGGCUCAGACUCCAACAAUACCUGGCUAUGGUUUGGCCCCUCUUCUUUGCCUACCCUACCUUAUCUGUCACUCCUUCAAGGCACAGUCCAAGUUGCACCUCCUGAAGGAAGUCCUCUCUGCCUGCCCUCACCUUUAUGUGAUUCUGGUAGCACUGUUUGUAGCUUUCACAAAGUGGUAGGUAAGUAGAUGACCUAGUGCAGUCUCUGUGUGUCAGAUGUGGAAAGUAACUCACUCAAGUUCACAAGGCCCUGGACUGGACCCAAAUGUCCUGAUUCCUCACUCAGUGCUCUUCCUUCUCCCUCCAUCCUCUCCAGGGCACUUCUAAGUUUCCAUUCAGUGCAGUACCUUGUUUUCUGACUAAUGGGUCCAUUAUGCUUAUUUUGCCUUACCAGGUACAUUAACCCCCUCCCCACCCUCCGAGAGUAGAGACUACUUUUGAGUAUUUGUUGAACGAACGAAUGAAUGAAUGCAUUACUUAGCAUACAAAGCCUUACCUAGGACUGUGUCUGUGGCAGUAGAGCUCAGAAAAUACCUGUAGAAUUGACAUGAAUGGAUUUACACUCUUACUUAAACUAAACUUGACUCUCUCCAGGGGGUGAAGUUCAAGUUGAUGGGUUAAGUGAUUAAUUUAAUGUGUAAUUGAAAAUCUUCUCCUACGAGCAGGGUACAGUUAUAGGUAGCAAACAAGAGGGGCAAGGUCUUUUCUCAUGGAACUUACUUCUUACUGAGGGAGAAAGACAAUGAACAAAAAAUCAAUCAAUACACAAGAUUGUAUCAUUUUUAUAAAUACUCUGAUGUAAAUUAAUGAGAUAACGUGGAACAAAGCAACUGCUCACUCAUCUCUAUGCCAAGAAAUAUGGAAGACAGCUACCUGACCAACCAACUGGAAGAGAUCCAUAUUUAUGCCUAUUCCCAAGAAAGGUGAUCCAACUGAAUGCAGACAUUAUUGAACAAUAUCAUUAAUAUCACAUGCAAGCAAAACUUUUGCUGAAGAUCAUUCAAAAGUGGCUGCAGCAGUAUAUCGACAGGGAACUGCCAGAAAUUCAAGUUGUAUUUAGAAGAGGACAUGGAACCAGGGAUAUCAUUGCUUAUGUCAGAUGGAUAAAAGCAGAGAAUACCAGAAAGAUGUUUACCUAUGUUUUAUUGACUGUGCAAAGGCAUUCAAUUGUGUGGACUGUACCAAAUUAUGGACAACAUUUCGGAGAAUGGGAAUUCCAGAACACUUAAUUGUGGUCAUGAGGAACCUGUACAUGGAUCAACAGGCAGUCUUUCAAACAGAACAAGGGGAUACUGCAUUUUUUGAAGUCAGGAAAGGUGAGCAUCAGGGUUGUAUCCUUUGACCAUACCUAUUCAGUCUGUAUGCUGAGCAAAUAAUCCGAGAAGCCAGGCUAUAUGAAGAAGAAUGGAGCAUCAGGGUUGGAGGAAGGUUCAUUAACAAGCCGCGUUAUGCAGAUGACACAACCUUUCUUGCUGAAAGUGAAGAGGACUUGAAGCACUUACUGAUGAAGAUCGAAGUCCACAGCCUUCAGUAUGGAUUAUACCUCAACAUAAAGAAGACAAAAAUCCUCACAACUGGAGCAGUAAGCAACAUCGUGAUAAAUGGAGAAAAGAUUGAAGUUGUCAAGGAUUUCAUUUCACCUGAAUCCACAAUCAACACCCAUGGAAGCAACACUCAAGAAAUCAAAAGAUGCAUUGCAUUGGGCAAAUCUGCUGCAAAAGACCUCUUUAAAGUGUUGAAAAGCAAGAAUGUCACCUUGAGGAGUCAGGUACACCUGACCCAAGCCAUGGUGUUUUCACUUGCCUCAUAUGCAUGCGAAAGCUGAACAAUGAAUAAGGAAGAUGGAAGAAGAACUGACACCUUUCAAUUGUGGUGUUGGUGAAGAAUGUUAACUGUCCCAUAAAUUGCCAAAAGAAUGAACAAACCUGCCUUGGAAGAAGUACAAGCAGAAUGCUCCUUAGAAGCAAGGAUGGCUAGACUCCUGUUAUCAGGAGGGAUUAGUCCCUGCAGAAGGACAUCAUGCUUGGUAAAGUAGAGGGUCAUCAAAAAAGAGGAAGACCGUCAAUGAGAUGGAUUGACACAGUGGCUGCAACAAUGGGUUCAAGCAUAGCAACAAUUGUGAGGAUGGCGCAGGACUGGGCAGUGUUUUGUUCUGUUGUGUGUAGGGCCCCUGUCUUAGUCAUCUAGCGCUGCUAUAAUAGAAAUACCACAAAUGGAUGGCUUUAACAAAGAGAAAUUUAUUCUGUCACAGUCCAGUACGUUACAAGUCCAACUUCAGGGUGUCAGCUCCAGGGGACAGCUUUCUCUCUCUGUUGGCUCUGGAGGAAGAUUCCUUGCCAUCAAUCUUCCCCUGGUCGAGGAGGUUCUCAGGCUCAGGGACCCCAGGUCCAAAGGAUGUGCUCUGCUCCUGGUGCUGCUUUCUUGGAGGUAUGAGGUCCCCAAUUCUCUGCUUGCUUCCCUUCCUUUUUAUCUCUUGUAAGAUAAAAGGUGGGGCAGGCCACACCCCAGGGAAACUCCCUUUACAUUGGAUUAGGGAUGUGAGCUGGUAAGGGUGUUACAGUCCCACCCUAAUCCUCUUCAACAUAAUAUUAAAAUCACAAAAUGGAGGAUAACCACAGAAUACUGGGAAUCAUGGACUAACCAAGUUGAUACACACAUUUUUGGGGGGCCAUAAUUCAAUCCAUGACAGUUGCUAUGAGUCGGAACUGACUCAACGGCACCUAACAAUAAGAACAACAACAUUGAGGGCCUACUAUGUGCCAGGCACUGGGUAUACAACGGUGAGUAAACAGACUUGGUCUCUACUAUCGCAGAACUGAUAGUCUAGGGAGGAGACAGAUAUUAAACCAUUAACUGGGUCAUCUCACAAAACAAGGUAAAAUGACUACCUGCAGCAAGCACUGUGAAGGACACACUCGGGGAGAUGAGAGGGCCUAUAGGGGGAGUGGGUCCAAUGCGUUGGGAAUGGGUCAGAAGCCACUUUGAGCUUUCGUUUCUUCACUUGAUAAAUGGAGAUACCACUCACCCAGCUCACUGGGUUGUUUUAAAGAUUAAACAUUCCUUAAAUGUUUUAAGGGGGUUGGCAGUGGUGGUUCCGUGGUAGAAUUCUUGCCUUCCAUGCAGGAGACCUGGCUUGAUUCUUUGCCAGUGCACCUCAUGCACAGCCACAACCCACCUGUUGGUGGAGACUUGCAUGUUGCCAUGAUGCUGAACAGGUUUCAGCAGAGCUUCCAGACUAAGAUGGUGAUCUACUUCCUAAAAGAAGCCAAUGAAAAGUCUUCAGAGGCACCAAUGGAAACCCUAUUCAACACAAUGUUUUGAUUCACAGUUGAUCACGUGGAUGGCCCAGGACCAGGCAGCAUUUUUCUCUCUUGUGCAUCAGGUCUCCAUGAGUCAGGGGCUGACCCAAUGGAAAUAACAAGAACAACAAAUGUUUCAAAGGAUAGAUACAAUGCACAGCAUUUAAAAGAUGUGCGGUAAAUCUUACCACAACAAAGGCGGGUAGGUUAGCCAACUGAGUGUUUAAGUUCUGAAGGAAAGUGGGGUUAGGCAUAUGUGAGCAUUUCCUGUGCUUGGGGAUCUCCAGAACAAUGAUUCCUGGACCCAUUUCCAUCAGAGUCAGCUGGGAAGGUUUUAAAAAAUACAGACAUCUACUCCUCCACCCCAGAUCUACAAGCCCAUCAGAAAUUCCCAAGAUGGGGUCUGAACACAUGUAUUUAAAAAUCUUUAAUAAUAAGGCCUCUUCCAAAAUUAGAGUUAGUGCACAUUUAUCCUAAGUGCUGAAGCAAUGCAAAGUUAUAGAAAGAAGGAAAACAACAAGCUCCCCCCGCCCCCCAGCUCUUGGAGGUCACCCAAGUCGACAGGGCAGUGGGUAUCCUUUUCAGCAUUCCCGCUCUCUGGUCAUAUAAACUCACAGGUAAGCACUGAGGUAGCAUUUUUUUUUUUCCUUUGCAAAACCAGUAUCUUAUUGAAGGUUUUUCUCUCUACUUUGCUUUUGCCCCUUCACGAUAUAGCAUUUACAUCUCUUCAGGUUAAUAGAGAUAGGUCCAGUUCUUUUAAUGUUGUUGUUGUUAAUUGCUGUUGAGUUAGCUCCAACUCAUGGUGACCUUAUGUAUAACAGAAUGAAAUGUUGCCUGGUCUUGUGUCAUCUCCAUGAUCUUUGAUAUGGUUGAGCCCAUUGUUGAGGCUAUUUUCUUUUAAUAACCACAUCAUAUUCCCUAGAAUAAAUGGGCCACAUUUUAUUCAAUGACUUGUGGAUGGAUAUCCAGGUUGUUUUCAUGUCUACAAACAGUGAAGCAACAAAUAACUUUGUAAAAGCAUUCUUACUUAUAGGUGUUUUAUGUUCAGAGGACAGUCUUCAAAGAGUGAACGGGGUCAAAUGAGAUGUUUGUUUUUAAUUUUAAUAGAUAUUUACAGAUUUGCUCUCAAAAUGGCUGCAACAAUGCAUAUUCCCACCAGUCAAGCAGGUGCAUUUUUGAAAAGCUCCUUAGGAGACGCUGUUGUGCAGCCCUGGUUAAGAACCACUGGCUCAGAGCAGUUCCAAGAUGGCCCUAGGCUCCCUAAAAGGGGCAUCAGAAGAGAACCUGGCAGCAAAUGAGUGAUGGGCUCCACCAGGGAAAUGAAGAAACUGUUCUUAUCAGCCCUCCCUCAGUCUCCCUCAGGCUUUGAAAACCCUCCUUCCCAGGGGAACUUCCUCCAAGUCCCUAUAUAAAAUGUGGCUGUGGAAUGAGUGAGGGAGGACCUGAGCUUUGGGAAUUCCUAAGGACCAGGAAGACUUCCUGGUGGGUGAGUGCCUGCCUUGCUGCGGUAGGUUGACUCCGGUGACUUCUUCACCUCCUCAGAAGACUGGCUGGGACUGUGUGCUGCUUUCAGGUUGUGGUGUGGCAGUGGGGGCAGGGCUUCUUGUCCUCUGCCUUUCACAUUUCUUCAGAGGUGUGUGAAAGGUGGCCUUGGCUGGGGAAGGCAGAGGGAGGAGGACAUGGAGGUGUGUGGUUUUUUGAACUUUGAGAAGGGGACACGUUUUCUACGUGCACUGUGUUCAGGGGCAGGUUAACCAGUAAGCACGGUACGCGCCGGCUUACAGUAAGCAAGGUAUGCACGGGCUUAUGUGUGCUUCCUUACUAAUCUGUAGUGCACAAUUUAACAGAGGUUUCACCGUGUCUUUGCACAAGUAAGCCCGCAAGUACCUUGCUUUUUGGGUAAUCUGUCCCUGUGUAUGUUCCUGGGAAGGCCAGCGAUCAUUGUUUCUUGAUCUGUCUUGCUUGAUAGACUCUGAGAGGCCAAUUAAGUACAAACUAAUAUUUUUUAAUAAACAUAAUGCUGCCUUCUUCACUUCCAGGGCCCCAGAAAGUCAACCUUGGCUGCCCCUGUGGUCUGCUUCAUUCUACUCAGAAAAGGACAAAGCCAAGAUGAAACUCCCCUUACUCCUGGCUCUUCUCUUUGGGGCAGUUUCUGCUCUUCAUCUGGGUACUGAAACUUCCAAAUUUGAGAACCCCUUGGGAGCUAAGACCUUGCCUCAAGAUGGGGAGAGGCCUUAACAGGAGGCAGAGGAGGCCCCUACUGGAGAGCUGGCACUGCAGGAGGAAGAGGAGGAAAGAGGUUCCGGAAGUGAAGAUUUCCCUGAGGGAGAAGAGCCUAUGGAGUCAGUCUCAGCCCUGGCUGAGGUGGACAAUGACUUUCAGUGCCCUAAGGAAGAGGACACAGUAAAACUGGAGGGCAGCCCUGGAUGCAGGCCCUACCGUUUCCUCCUGGUGAGGUGUCCCAGGAAUUUCAAUCACGCUCAGAUUAUUUGCCAGAGGUGCUACCGGGGAAGUCUUGUCUCCAUCCACAAUUACAACUUUAACUACCAAAUCCAGAGCGAUGUCAGAUUCCUCAACCAGGGCCAAGUCUGGAUUGGAGGCAGAGUCACCAGUUUGGGUCACUACAGACACUUUUACUGGAUGGAUGGCAGUUCCUGGAAUUUUGCAUACUGGGCUGCCGGCCAUCCCUGGGCCAAUACUGGCUCAUGUGUGACCCUGUGUACCCGAGGAGGCCAGUGGCACCGAACACACUGCGGCAUUCAACUUCCCUUCAUCUGUUCCUACUGAGCUGGCCCGCCAGGAGCUCAGAGGCGCCCCCCUCCUGGCAGCUGCCUCUCCAUGCCUGUCUGUUGCCACUCUUUCCACACCCCCCAGCAUAAAAUUGUUUUCCUGAAACUGAUUUCGUUCUCCUCUGAUUAU